AGUCCGUCAGCAGCAGAGAGUCGCAGCCAGUGUGGCAGCUGGGAAUGUGGGGCUUUCAACACACACCGCCGCUAUUUUCAGGACUGGGAACCGUUGCGGGGCUGGCCGGGAACUGAGACUCUGCCCACGGCUCCACUCGAGCCAGAACACUGGCCUCAUCAUCUUAAAGUCCAGAAAGGGCGAUCCGGGUUUCUCUCCGGGGGGAGUCGGUGUGCAGAGCAUCAGAUGGUGAACGCACCGCCGCGGGUUGCUCACUGCAGGGCUGCAUGCUAGAGGAACCAGCCGGAGCACCUCACACCUCACCUCCCGCCUGGUGGGUCCGCUUAAAACACAGGGACUGGUCACUGGUGGGGUCUGCAUGUGUCCCGGUGUGCACCGCUCGGGUAGAUGUGUCUGUUUCACCGCAACCAAAGCGCUCACACCAACGACGAUGGAGUGAAAUCUGCGGCGGGGGCGAGCGACACACAACCUGCCGCGAUUUCCUGCAUGUAAAUAAAUAAAUGAUAGAGGAUACAAUGACCCUGCUGUCCCUGUUAGGUCGGAUCAUGCGUUAUUUUCUGCUCAGACCGGAGACCUUGUUCCUGCUCUGCAUCAGCCUGGCUCUGUGGAGUUACUUCUUCCACACGGACGAGGUGAAGACCAUCGUCAAGUCCAGCCGGGAUGCGGUCAAGAUGGUCAAGGGGAAAGUGGCGGAGAUGAUGCAGAAUGAGCGGUUCGGAGGGCUGGACGUCCUGGACGCGGAGUUCUCCAAGACCUGGGAGUUCAAGAGCAACAACGUGGCCGUGUACUCCAUCCAAGGCCGGCGGGAACACAUGGAGGACCGGUUCGAGGUGCUGACCGACAUCGUCAACAAGAGUCACCCCUCGAUAUUUGGGAUUUUUGAUGGCCAUGGAGGAGAGGCGGCUGCUGACUUUGCCAAGGCCCACCUGCCCGAGGCGCUCCGCCAGCAGCUGCUGACUUAUGAACGUGAGAGAGAGCGAGACAGAGAAAAAGACAAGGAGAAAGAUGAGAAGAAGGAGCGAGGCGGGCUGUCCUACCCCUCCAUCCUGGAGCAGCAGAUCCUCAACCUGGACAGAGAAAUGCUGGACAAGCUCUCCGCCACUUACAAUGAAGCAGGUACGACGUGUCUGGUGGCGCUGCUGUCUGAUAAGGAGCUGACGGUGGCCAACGUGGGAGACUCUCGUGGCGUCCUCUGUGAUAAAGACGGCAACGCCAUUCCUCUGUCGCACGACCACAAACCGUACCAGCUGAAAGAACGCAAGAGGAUCAAGAAGGCUGGCGGCUUCAUCAGCUUCAACGGCUCGUGGCGUGUCCAGGGCAUCCUGGCCAUGUCCCGCUCUCUGGGCGACUACCCGCUCAAGAACCUCAACGUGGUCAUUCCUGAUCCCGACAUCAUGUCGUUCGACCUGAACAAGCUGCAGCCGGAGUUCAUGAUCCUGGCGUCUGACGGCCUGUGGGACACCUUCAGCAACGAGGAAGCGGUCCGCUUCAUCAGGGAACGACUGGCUGAGCCUCAUUUUGGCGCCAAGAGCAUCGUCCUGCAGUCUUUCUAUCGUGGUUGCCCCGACAACAUCACCGUCAUGGUGGUCAAGUUCAAAAACAAGGCCAGCGAGAAGUAAACAACACACAGUUAUCUAUAUCAUGUUUGAAUAUCAGUCAGAGUUAAAUAGGCUUAAGAGGAAAGAUUUAAAAACUGAGCCCGCCAUUUUUUUCAAGCGAGAACUAUUUCUAUCACAGAUAUUUACAGAAGUUAGCACCGAACCGCGCCACGCCCCUCCUCCUUUAAUUUACUGCUGAGAAAGUGACACUUGUAGGAAAACGUCUUUCAUUUAGGCUUAUCGUGCAGACACGUAAUGCAAACUGGGUCACUGUUAUGCAAAUAAACAGAUUUAGCUUUGUGCAGCUGUGGGUACGCCCAGUGAGUCUGCACACAUUUAUAUAUAGGUGUGUAUGUGUGUGUGUGUGUGUGUGUGUGUGUGUGUGUGUGUGUGUGCGUGUGUGUGUGCGUG